UCCUUCCUUCCUUCCUUCCUUCCUUCCUUCCUUUUUUCUUUCCCUCUCUCCCUCCCUCUCUCUCUCCAUCUGUCUUCAUUCUUUUUCUUUUUCUUCUCUCUCUCAUCUUUCUUUCUUUCCUUCUCUCUCUCCCCCUCUCCCCCUCUCUCUUCUUUCUUUCCUUCCUUCCUUCUCUCUCUCUCUCUUUCUCCCUCUCCCCCUCUCUUCUUUUUCAUUUCUUCUUUCAUUCUUUCUUCCUUUUUCUCUUUCUUUCCAUCCUUCUUUCUUUCCCUCUCUCCCUCUCUCUUCUUUCUUUUCCUUUCUUUCCUUCCUUCUCUCUCUCUCCCCCUCUCCCCCUCUCCCCCUUUUCAUUUGUUGUUUCUUUCUUUCUUUUUCUUUAUCUUUCUUUCCUUCCUUCCUUCUUUCUUUCCCUGUCUCCCUCUCUCUUCUUUCUUUUUCUUUCUCUCUGUCUUUCUCUCUCCUCUCUCACUCCAUCCAUCACCCCCCCCCAAAGCAAAGGCAGCCUCCUCUAUCUUUUUCUCCUCCCUCCUGCCAGCAUUAUUAGCCAUGUGUUAAGGUUCUGGUGUUGACCGUGGAGCUCUCAAAGGGCCAUUUAUCUCCGAGCAGCCAAUCCAGGUCCUGCGCUCAAACGGAGCCCAAUGAGAAAUGGGAGAACCCAAGGCCUCCAACCUAUCCGAGGGCUGAUAUUCUAAUCAGCCCAGUCUUUUAUCAGAGGAGAGGGAGCUUCCUUUGAAGUUCAGCGUGGUGGCCACUCAGUCAGUCAGUCUUGGUUUCGGAAUUUGCAGGAAACUCAUGGACUUGGGUCACUGUUGCCUCGGCCAGCAGUGCAGCUCCGGGGUCCCACCUGCCUUGAUCCCAGCAAAAGGGCUUUCCAGAAAGAACCGCAGGUUGGCAUUCCUAGGGCCUCGGGAUGGCAUUGCCAACGAGCCAAGCGCCUUGGGAAGCGUAGAAGUGUCACUCCUCGGUAGGCGCCUUUGCCAGCAAGCGGUCGAGCUAUGGACUCCAACCUGCAGGGGACAUUUCUCCUCAACGGCCCUCCCCUGUCCCCGUUCGCGGAAGUGAAAACCCCCAUGUGCCAGUAUUCAGUGCAAAACUCCUUUUACAAACUCAGUCCUCCUGGACUCAGUGCCCAGUUGGCAUCUGGCACACCGCACGGCAUCAGUGACAUCCUCAGCAGACCGGUGGCUCCUCCAAAUAACAUCCUCCUGUCCGGCUACUCCCAUGUUGGGGGAUUCAACGGACUGGGCGCCCAAGGCAUGUACUAUGGUCCCCAAAUGGGCAAUUUCGCCAAGACGGGAAGCGAAUAUGGAGCCAGGGGCAGGAGCUGUUGGGCCGAACCAGUCCAGGAAUGGCACGAAGGCCGAGUAUGUGGCAACUCCGCAGGGCACCUUGGUGAUGGCCUCCACAAGAAGAAACACACACGGCCAACCUUCACAGGCCACCAGAUCUUUGCCCUGGAGAAAACCUUUGAGCAGACCAAAUACUUGGCUGGGCCUGAGCGGGCACGACUGGCAUAUUCCCUGGGCAUGAGUGAAUCCCAGGUAAAGGUGUGGUUCCAGAACCGGCGCACCAAAUGGAGGAAGAAGAGUGCCCUGGAGCCUUCCUCCUCUUCCCCACAAGCAGGAGCUGGACCAGGCGAGCGCACCGUCUCUGAUGAGGAUGACGAAUACAACAAGCCCUUGGAUCCAGACUCCGAUGACGAGAAGAUCCGUCUCCUGUUGCGCAAACACCGGGCCACCUUCUCCGUCCUGGGUCUAGGCUCCCAUAGUGGCUGAGAAGGACUGGCCUUGGUGGGGCCUGCAGGUUUCCGGGGAAGUUGAAUUCAGCAGGCUGGACUUGGGAGGGUGGUGUCUCGAUGGUGACUUGGGGGGAGGGGGAGGCCUUUCUCAAAAGUAGAACACAGAGGUUCCAGUUCUGGAUUUGGUGCAGAUGGGUAGCUACUGUGGCUGCACGCAAGUCACAGGACACCCAAGGAAGAAGCCCGCUAGUAUCCAACUUGCCCCUUGGACCUGAGGCUUGCCUGCAGCCCUCUGUUCGAUUGGGAAAGAGAUGUGCUUUCAUUUGUCAUUUCAUUUUUAAUAAUAAUAAUAAUAAUAAUAAUAAUAAUAAUAAUA